AUGCGGUGGUUCAGCUUCUUAUUAAUCGCUAUCACAAAAUAUUACAUGUCACAUGCAACAGGUCGCCAGCUGCUCCCAAUCAUUGCACAAUAUGCCUAUAUUGAAACCAUAUACAUUCUCGCCUCGUCCCAGCCCCUCAAACUCCCCUACAACUUGAGAGUAGAAAGCAUCGCUUCCAAUAGAGAUGUCUUACAACAGUAUCGAGACUACACCGAGGAACUGUCAGACGCGUUUGAGGAGCUGAUCACUACUGCGCAGGCCGAGACAAUGGAGGCAGGGUCUAUAGACAGUCUCGUCGAGUCUGGUUUGUUCAUUUCCACCAGGUCAUCGUUCCAUUCCGACCUCACCAACGCCAUCAGAGCUAACUUCUCUUGGAGCUGGCUCGCCAACACUGUGGCGGGGGGCAUUGGCAUGGCUCUAUCCCGCGAAAUCGAAUGGACCAAAAAUGGUCGCUACGCCGGAUCCACCGAGCUGGAACUCACUCCCAACGGCGUGACCCAAGUCAAGGGCACAAAAACCCAGCUCGUGGGUCCCAGGAAACUCAUCGAUCCCGCCCGCAUCGCACGCAGCAGACCUUCCAGCAUCUGUUCAGUGCGAAUACUCAGGAUGCCCCCGGGGGUACAUGAAAUCCGGGCGCGUCGGAAAGAGAAGGGGCUAGAUCAGGAGAGGGAAUGGAAUAUUUGGAGGGAUGGAUGUGAGGGUGGAAAAUCUAUGCAGCAGGUGACUGAACAGUUUGAUAGACUGAUCGGGCAGAUUCGCGAGAUUCAACGACCGUAUAUGAAUGGCGAGAAGCCAGUCGAUAUCGUGUUGGUUGCACAUGGUCUUAUUCUGCGCGCGUUUGUGAAAAUAUGGCUUAACUGUCCCUUGACACCCCGUUGCCGAUGA